AGACACCUAGUCAACAAGUGACAGAUUAAAAAUAACAAAAUUUGUCUUCCAAACUCUAUAAAAGACCUCAAAACCUUAGGACAAAAUCACAAAAACAAACACACUUGAUAGUUACUAUAUUCAUAGAGAAAAAUUGAAGUUCUUCACUGCAAUGGCUACAAAUCAGGAAGAGGUGAAACUUUUGGGAGCUCUUGCAAGCCCAUUUGUGGGCAGAGUUACUCUUGCUCUAAAACUGAAGGGAAUUGAAUAUGAAUUUGUUAAAGAAGACUUGCAGAACAAGAGUGAGCUUCUUCUCAAAUAUAAUCCAGUUUAUAAACAGGUUCCAGUUUUUGUUCAUAAUGAUAAGCCCAUAUCAGAAUCCCUUGUUAUUCUUGAGUACAUUGAUGAGACUUGGAAACAAAAUCCAAUCUUGCCUUCUGAUCCUUACAAAAGAGCCUUGGCUCGUUUCUGGACAAAGUUCAUAGAUGACAAGAUUGUGGCUGCUUCGUUCAAAUCUGCGUUCACAGUUGAUGAGAAAGAGCGUGAGAAGAAUAUUGCAGAAGCAUCUGAGGCUCUUCUGAUUCUUGAGAAUGAGUUGAAGGACAAGUUCUUUGGAGGAGAAGAGAUUGGUUUUGUGGAUAUUGCAGCUGUGUUCAUAGCUUUUUGGAUCCCUUUGGUUCAAGAUGUAUCAGGGUUGCAAUUGUUCACUGCUGAAAAGUUUCCAAAGCUUUAUAAAUGGAGUCAAGAAUUUCUCAACCAUCCAGUUGUGAAGAAAAGUCUGCCUCCUAGAGAACCUCUUUUUGCCUUAUUCAAAGGUCGUUAUGAGAGCCUUUUUAAUGCUUCAAAGUAAAUCAUGUUAUAGUUUAUGAAUUACUAUUAUCUGUUAUUGAGUUUUUAUUGUUAGGAUUUCAUUUCAUAAUAAUGUGUUUUGUAAUGUGAGAUUUCUUGCUGUGAAAUCUAAGGAUAUUGUUGUGAUUUUUUCAUA